GCUGAGUCUUCUCGAUCGACCAUAUCCGAGAACUGACUUAGAACUUCGAUCAUGCCGCAGUUGGAAAUUUCACCUUCUAAUCUAUGACGCUCUUCGAAAUCCAACGUUUCUUCUGUUCAAUCUCGUUGUAACUCCAACAGAGAAUAUUUUAGUAAUUUUAGUUGAUUAUUCGGGUUAAAUAAUUCGACGUUAUCGUAUCAAGUCCUUCUACAUUAUAGUCUUAUCUGUAAUAUAAACAGAGAGAAGAAAAUCAAACUGAGAAUUAGACUGACAACACACGGUGUCGUUCAUUUGAAGAACUGUCUUCGAGAUUCGAUGGAGAACGUGAUAGAUUCAAUAACUACCGUGUGUCCCUCAGUGGAAUACGGCCUCCGUUUGAUCGGCGUAUGGCCGGGAACGUCGUGCGCAAUUUUACUUAAAUUUCUCAGCAUAUUGUCGAUGAUCGUGUUUCAAAUCUUUCAGUAUCAACACGCGAUCGUGCGCUUCGGCGUGGACGACCUAACGCUCCUCAUGGACGCACUGAGCGUAACUUUCGCUUACACCCUUCUGCUUAUCAAAAUGCUUAUUUUCGCGUUCAAUUCUCGUCUGCUGAACGAAAUCAUAGCGCGCAUGGCCAAGGACUGGAAGGAAUGCGAUAUUUCGGAUGGAUACACGAUGACCAGAAUAGCUUACGUAUGUCGUUGGGUCUGCAACGUCAUAAUCUUCUCGCACAUGAUGUCAGUAUUCCUCUACGCGGUAGGCACAUUAAUGAAGAUCAAAAACGAAAAUCAAACUGAAGCUCGAGAGCUUCUUAUCAAGAUGGAAAUACCCUUCGCGAUUGAGAGCACAUCGGUGCAUGUAGCUGUGCUCAUUACACAAUUUAUUCAUCAGGUGACUGCGGCUGCUAUGGUGGGCGUAGUAAAUUCUUUGCUGAUAAUAUUGGUUCUUCACGUGUGCGGACAGAUUGAUAUAAUGCGGCAGAAAUUGAGUGAAAUUACGCAGAAGAACAUCGAGCGGAAGAACAUCGGGCAGGGUGUGCGCGAGAACGUCGUGAAAACGCUGAUCGUUCGGCACCAGCAGAUUAUCACCUUCUCCAAGAACAUCGAGGCUCUCUACUCGAAUAUCGCGCUGAUACAAUUUGGAACGAACACUCUGCAGAAGACGGCAUACGAAUUGCUUUGGUACGAAUUGAGCCCGAGUCAAAAUCAAGAUAUCCAGAUCAUAAUCGUAAGAUCUCAAAGGCACUUGACGCUCACGAUAGGAAAAGUCGCGGAACUCUCCUUGAAGCAAUUUGCCAACAUCAUAAAAGCUUCGGCGUCAUACGUGUCGGUGUUGCACGCGAUGUAUUGAGGCCUAAAUAUGUACUUUGAACGGCGCUUGUAUAUCCU